AUGAACUCUACUGUAUCGUUGUGCUUUGUGUUGGUUUGCUUUGCUGCAGUCAUAGAAGCGCGAUUGUUUCAAUUUGGUGAUGUACUCGUCGACCCAUCCAAAGACAGAGACCCGACCUGGAUUGCCGACUGGGAGUAUGCUCUAGAACGACCGGCAAAGCGAAAUCGCAUGUGUUUAAUCAACGCAGGACUUUCGCAAGGAUGUGAUCUCUCCGACAUUCUUAUGGCUAAGCAACAGGUACUCCUCGCCUUUGGUGUAUAG